UAGGGUGUCACCAAAACGCAUGACGGGCUGACUUCGCUUUAAUAUUUUAUCCAAUGACCAGCUCGCGGCUGAAGCUGAAGGUCGAUCAUGGACGCCUACACCUAGCACUGCGUCGGCCAGUAAACGCGGUACCGCCGUGGCAGCAUCGACACGUUCCUUGAAUUCCACCUUGGGCAACAGUCAUCGUAACGGAUCGUCAUCGUCGUUGUCAGCGCAACGGUCUCCGAUGGGGCGAACAUCGCCUGCUAGCUUUGGCAGUGAAUCUUCUGCUAAUGGAGGUCUCGUGAGUGAUAAAUCAAAGAACGAGGCCUAUUUUGCCAAGCUCGGUAGCGCCAAUGAUUCCAGGCCCGAGAACUUACCUCCCAGUCAAGGCGGCAGAUACACGGGUUUCGGCAAUCCUGCUUUUGAAAAUAAGCCAUCCAACAACUACGGCAGUGGCGCGCCACCUGAUCUCCACGAUAUGAUCUAUGAACCUUUGCAGGCACUUUCAAAGGGUUGGACGUACUUUUCAAUGGGAAUGGAAGAAUUGGGCAAGGUAGCGGCUGAGGGAGUGCGAGCUGCCGCGCAAGGAGCCGGUCAACUCGGUCGUUACGCUAAUGAGAACUAUGUAAAACCUGCGCAAUCCACUUUGAGUGAUCCCGAAUUCAGAAAUAAUGUCAACGGUUAUGUUCACAGCUUUAGUCAAAAGACUCAAUCUUUGUAUAACGGACUCGGCGCAAGCAAUACGAGCUCGUCUCACAGCAGUGCCAACAACCAAGACGAUGGCGAUUUCUUCAACAACACCAUCUCCUCGCUUCAACAGGAAAAGAGUAGUCCUGCCAGUUCCGGUUACUCAUCCCCUGCGCUCAAUGGCUACGGAAGCUCCGCAACAACACGAUCCAGAACCCCUCUUAGACAAUCUGCCGCGAAAAAGACUUCGAAGGAUGGCUCGGAUGAUGAAUGGGAAGGAUGGUAGAGCUGUAUCUUCCAUCUUUUUUCCUCCCUUUUCGCCCGCUAAUUUUUCAACCAUGUCAAAUCCUGCUUUCUAUCUUCAUUAGAGUUCUUCUAUUCUUUCUAUAUCACUUUUUCUUCUUCUUUUAUCGUUCUUCUCCUUUGGAUAUCGAUUGGUCCUUCCUCUUUUUCUUCCCCUUUUUUUUUUUGGAAAAAAAAAAUACUCAGUAAUACCGUUUCAGUUUAUUUGUAGUAAUCAUCAGACAGUAAAAUUGUCUAAUGCAAUGCCACAAAGAUCAAAAGGUUUCUCAUGAUCUUGAUUAAAAAUAAUACGAAUCGCUUUGAAAGCCAAUACAUCG